GAACAAUAUUCAUCAACAAGAAGCAUGAGACACCAAGCUUUGACAUUUUCAAACUUUCCCACUCUUCUCAUUUGUCUAUUAGUCUCCUUGUUCACCUCUUUUGAAUCUUCUGAAAGCCAGAACUUGUUGCAAAGAGGCUCUUCUUUAUCAGUUGAAGAUAGUUCACAUGUGUACUUAACCUCCCCAGACAAAACUUUCACAUGUGGCUUCUAUAGUCUUGGUGAAAAUGCUUACUGGUUCUCAAUCUGGUUCACCAAUUCAAAAGACACAACUGUUGUUUGGAUGGCCAACCGCGAGAGACCAGUCAAUGGCAAGGGCUCAAAAGUUUUUUUGCAAAAAAAUGGUGAUUUGGUCCUUAAGGAUGUUGAUGGCUCUGUGAUUUGGACUACUAACACCUCCUCUACUGGUGCUGAUAGAGCUGAGCUUUUGGAUUCCGGAAAUCUUGUUCUGAAGGAUAUAGAUGGUAACACUCUAUGGCAAAGCUUUGAUUUUCCUACUGAUACUUUGCUUCCUAACCAACCCUUUACCUGGAGGCAAAAGUUGGUUUCUAGAUCAGGGCCAGGAGCUUUCGCUUCUGGGUACUUUAGCUUAUAUUUUAAUGAUGAAAAUGUGCUGAGGUUGAUAUAUGAUGAUCCUGAUAUUUCAAGUGUGUAUUGGCCUAAUCCUGAUUAUGAUGUGUUCCAAAAUGGAAGAACAAAGUACAACAGUAGUGGAGUUGCUGUUUUAGAUGGAAGAGGCCACUUCCUGUCAAGUGAUAAAUUGCAAUUCAGUGCUUUAGACAUGGGUGAUUUUAGGAUCAAAAGAAGGCUAACAAUAGAUUAUGAUGGGAAUCUCAGGCUUUAUAGUCUCAACAAUGUGACAGGACUCUGGAUGGUGUCAUGGCUGGCUCUUCUGCAGCAGUGUCAAGUUCAUGGAGUUUGUGGCAGAAAUGGGAUUUGUACUUAUGCACCACAUAAGCCAAAGUGUUCAUGCCCUCCAGAGUUUGAGUUAACCGAGCAAGGCAAUUGGAACGAAGGGUGCAAGCCUAAGUUCAACAGAAAUUUUACUUUAAACUCAAAGCAAGUGAAAUUCAUCACAGUUCCAAAAGUUGAUUUCUGGGGAUUUGACCUCAAUUUCACUCAACCUUCAUCAAAAGAGGAUUGCAUGAAGCUUUGCCUAGAUGAUUUUCGGUGUGAAGCAUACACCUAUAGGAUAACAGAACAAGCUAGUUGCUUCACAAAAAGUAUGCUUUUCAAUGGCCAUAGUUCUCCCGAUGUUUGGACUACAACUUAUAUAAAAGUGCCAGCCAGUUAUAAUGUAGCAGGACUUGUCAGUGGCAUUAAGUUCAAGCGCAUAUGCAAAUUAAGCGAGUCUAACAUUACAGUUGGAUCUUCUUCUAUGUAUCACUUUCCUGGUGAGUCUGGUCAGAAACUGAUAUGGAUUUGCAUUUACAGCUUUGUGUUUGUUCUUGGUGCAAUUGAAUUUCUAGUUCUACUAUCAGGUUGGUGGCUCCUUUUCACAAGACUUGGUGUGCCAUCUGUAGUUGAAGAUGGAUAUCGUGCACUAUCAAGCCAAUUUAGGAGAUUUAGUCACUCUGAACUCAAGAAGGCAACACAAAAAUUCCAGGAAGAGCUUGGCAGAGGAGCCUUCGGAGUAGUGUAUAAAGGUGUUUUAGCUGAUGAAAGGGUGGUUGCCGUGAAGAGACUUGGAGACAUAUAUCAAGGAGAAGAAGCAUUUUGGGCUGAAGUGAGCACUAUUGGAAAAAUCUAUCACAUGAACCUGGUGAGAAUGUGGGGAUUCUGUUCGGAAGCUAGCCACAAACUCUUAGUCUAAGAGUUUGUUGAAAAUUUGUCCCUGGACAAACACUUAUUCUCAUCAGAAAAUUUUCUCGGAUGGAAAGAGAGGUUUAAAAUUGCCCUGGGAACAGCUAAAGGAUUAGCCUAUCUUCACCAUGAGUGUCUAGAAUGGGUGAUUCAUUGUGAUGUGAAACCUGAAAACAUACUCCUGGACAGUGAAUUUGAACCAAAGAUUGCAGAUUUCGGGCUGGCCAAAUUGUCCCAGAGAGGCAAAAGAAACUCUGAAGUCUCCAGGAUUCGCGGAACAAAAGGUUACAUGGCUCCAGAGUGGGCUAUGAAUCUUCCCAUCACUUCCAAGGUUGAUGUUUACAGUUACGGAGUGGUAAUUCUCGAAAUAGUGAAAGGGAUUCGGGUUUCCUAUCCGGUGGCAGUCGAGGAUGGCGAUGAUGAGCAAGAAGCUGAGCUAACAAGAAAUGUGAGGAUAGUGAAAGGGAAAAUGCAAUCUGGAGAGGAGAAUUGGAUAGAAGAGAUGAUUGAUGCAAGAUUGAAUGGGAAUUUUAGUAGAAAUCAGGCUGCAAAAUUGGUUGAAAUUGGGAUAUCAUGUGUGGAGGAAGAUAGAAGCAAGAGGCCAACCAUGGACGCAAUAGUCCAGGCUCUUUCAGAGUGUGAAGCUGAUCCUGAAACUCACAUUUGAGCUAUAUAUAUAUGUUUUCUCUACCGUUUUUGCUUAGAGUUUCAUUAUGUAAAAUAAAAAAUUACUCUUUAACACCUAAUUUG